AGAUACCACUAUGUGACCUAAGCUACGAAGAAGAAACUUCCACGGCGUUUUCCUCGGUGGAUGGCCUGUUCUGGAACUAAACUGUGAAAGCUGCAUUGAAACGAAAUCUGUGUGGGAUAAAGUCACUGAGAUGUGCGUUAAAUUAGGUUUCAUAAAUAAGUUGUGCAAAAUAUAUGAAGUUAAAAGAUUAGCUGACAAACUUUUAACUCAUAGCUAGAUAGAACUGCUAUUUGAUAAUCGCUAUCAGGGCUCUUUCAGCAACCCUACCAGAAGGCAUAUGAUCGCUAACUAGGUGCUGUUGUCACUGUGACUGAGUCUUAAACAUAGUAAGAAUCUACUUUUCCUCCUUCUGACUCUCUCUGGGCAGUCCCUUACCAUGAAUGAAGUCAGUAUAGUGAGAGAGGGAUGGCUUCACAAAAGAGGUGAAUAUAUCAAAACAUGGAGGCCUAGGUAUUUUAUCCUAAAGAGCGAUGGCUCUUUCAUCGGUUACAAAGAGAAACCAGAUUUAAAUGACCAACCUUCCCCACCACUGAACAACUUCUCAGUGGCAGAAUGCCAGUUAAUGAAGACUGAAAGACCCAGACCUAAUACAUUUGUCAUCCGUUGUCUGCAGUGGACCACUGUUAUUGAACGUACUUUUCAUGUAGAAAGCAACGAAGAGAGAGAGGGGUGGAUAAGGGCAAUCCAGUAUGUAGCGAACAGUCUAAAAAUGCAGGAACAGGGGGAAGAGGAACCAAUGGAUGUUCUCAGCUCACCAAACGAAAGCAGCCUGGUGGAGAUGGAGGCAGUUAUAUCCAAGAGCUGCACCAAAGUGACAAUGAGUGACUUUGAAUAUCUGAAGCUGCUUGGAAAGGGUACCUUUGGGAAGGUGAUUCUUGUCAAAGAAAAGACAACUGGAGUACAUUAUGCCAUGAAAAUACUGCGCAAAAUGGUGAUAAUAGCCAAGGAUGAAGUGGCCCACACGGUUACAGAGAGCCGAGUGUUACAGAACACCAAACAUCCUUUCCUCACGACACUGAAAUAUGCCUUCCAAACCCACGAUCGACUCUGUUUUGUAAUGGAAUAUGCUAAUGGAGGCGAGCUCUUCUUCCACCUCUCACGUGAACGAGUCUUCACAGAAGACCGGGCACGUUUCUAUGGUGCUGAGAUUGUAUCAGCACUUGAGUACCUCCAUUCACGUGACGUUGUUUACCGUGAUUUGAAG